CUUUGCGUUGCACAGAAUCGUUCUCUUUCUCUGUUUCAAAAUUCAUUAUUCAAAACUUCAUUACUUGUUAGAACUAAGAGUAGCCUUAGCCUCAUCGAUUCUCUUUCAAUUCCACGUUUCUUUCUUCUCACGACAAUUCCACACGCUGUUUCAACCGCCCACUUAGGGUUUCUUCAUUUUGUGUUUCGAAGCUAUGCUUCUCCACGCUCUCCUCUUCGAUCCCUGCGUUCUCUGCUCGCCAACGACGUCGUUUUGGUAAACUUUUCCACGAGGAUUGCUUUUCUCACUCGUCUUUAGCUCCUUGCUGCAAUUGUCGUGUUUUUGUCGUUCGAGAGGGUGUAAUUAGGGUUUCUAGAGGGGAAUUCACGAAACGGGCUUCUGGAUUUGGUUUUGUUUGGGUUGGGUAUGGGGAUUUAGGUUUAGGGAAGGAUUGGUGUUGGUUUUCACUGGGAAAUUUGUGAGGUGAAGAGGUAUGUUUUACUCUCAGUUUAUUUUGGCCAAGAAAGGGCCUCUUGGGACUAUAUGGAUAGCUGCGCAUUUGGAGAGGAAGCUCCGAAAGAAUCAGGUGGCGGAUACCGACAUUGGCGUCUCCGUAGAUUCCAUACUUUUUCCUGAAGUGCCAAUUGCACUCCGUUUAUCCAGCCAUCUUCUGCUUGGUGUGGUGAGGAUAUAUUCUAGAAAGGUGAAUUACCUUUUUGAUGACUGUAGUGAAGCCUUGCUUAAGAUAAAGCAAGCUUUUCGCUCCACUGCAGUUGAUUUGCCACCUGAAGAAUCUACUGCACCUUACCAUUCCAUCACAUUACCUGAGACUUUUGAUCUUGAUGAUUUUGAACUGCCAGAUAAUGACAUUUUUCAGGGUAACUAUGUUGAUCACCAUGUCAGUACUAGGGAGCAGAUUACACUGCAAGAUACUAUGGAGGGGGUGGUUUACACUACUUCACAGUUCGGAUUGGAUGAGCGCUUUGGUGAUGGUGAUGCUUCUCAAAUUGGUUUAGACCUUGAUGAGGUUUUGUUAAAUAACAAAGUUGCUACUUCGGAGCAUGAUGACUUCAGUGCUUACCCUCUAGUGUCUCAUCAACAAAAUGAAAAGAAAGAGAUUGAUGGUUUACCAGCUGAUGCUGAAGUUGGUGAAUAUGCUCAUGGUCCAUCUACUCCUGGACUAGAAGAGCCAAACUUGUAUGGAGCUCAGAUGGAUCAGGUCAAUAGUGAAGUUGGCCAUCAUAAAUCAUCAGCUUUAAUAUCGAUGAAGGCCACACAAAAAGAAUCCUAUGGUCACCAAACGGAGAAUGAUGUAAUUGAUUGCUCCUUGCAAAAUAAUGGGAAUCAUGUUUCUUUAGAUUUUCAUCAUGAGGAUAAUGACUGCAAUCCAGUUGAAAUGGAUAGCAAAAAAGAGGACCAGGAACAUUUAGCAUGUAAGGUUGUGAUGAAGGAUCAAGAAAAUUUGACUCCUAAUGAGCAUUGCUUAACAUCAUUUCCCUUGCACUCAUCCAAUAAUGAGCACCUAACCACACUGUUACCAGAACGUGAAGGUGGGGUGAUCAAUGCUUCUGAUAUACCUGAGAAGGAGGAAGACUUACAUGACGGAGUCUUGAUGAACAAUGAACCAGUUUCUGCUCCUUUGGACCAAACUAUUACAAAGUGUGUUGUUUCUGGAGGUGUUGGUGUAAAUGAAAAUUUUACAUCUGAUCAAGAGGACCUCUCUUGUAAACUGUUGUCUAACAUGGAUGGACCUCAGGGGCCAGGAUUGGAUGGUCAUUUGGAGGAUGAUAACACAUCUUCAAAGCAUGAAGUUCUGAAUGACAUCGAAAUUUCUAAGAAUGAGGGGCAAUCUUAUCCAUUUGAUGAAGCCCAAGUAUCCAAUGUUAUUAGUCCUCUAGUAGUAGGAUCACCUGGUAGAACUGAAGCUGUUGAUAUGGAAGCUCAGGCCUCUCAAGAACCAAAGGAAACAGAGGCUUUAACCCAUGUAUCCCAUGAAGCUGUGCAGCCCACUCAGUCAAUCCUCCAGCCAUGCUCAUCCCAUCUGAGCCAACCUUCUCUGUCAUCUAUUGAAGGUGAAAAAGUCCACGGAAAUGAUGUUGCAGAUCCUGCUACAAGUUAUCUAGAGACUACAGAGCCAUCUGUAUGUAAAGGAAACCCAGAUUUGGGGAAAUCAGAUAUACAACAUGAGAGUCAAAUAUUUAGUGACAAAGUAGGAAGUAUAAACAAAUCUUCUGUUUCUGACAUGCCAGAGCCUGAAAAGUUACUCUCCUUAGCUUAUCAGCAUGAUGGUGAAGCAAAUGAUUUGCUGCUGGAAUCUACUCCUGACAACCAGGGUGCAUCUGAAGGCCAUACAGGUGCAGCAGGAGCAAAAUACAUCUCUGGUAAAAAACGUAGCUUCACAGAAAGUACUCUUACAGUGCAGAGUAUGGAUUUGGUUGAAUCAUAUGGGGGAGCUCAAUCCAAGAGAACUGCUGAGUCUGUUCCUGAUGAUGAUGAUCUUUUGUCUUCAAUAUUAGUUGGUAGAAGAUCUUCAGUUUUGAAAAUGAAACCAAGUCCAGCGGCCCCUGAAAUAGCAUCAAUGAAGCGCUCUCGUUCUUCAAUGCGCACUAGUGCCUUAAAGAGGAAGGUGCUUAUGGAUGAUAUGAUGGUCUUGCAUGGCGAUACAAUACGCCAACAGUUGACAAAUACUGAAGACAUACGUCGCAUACGAAAAAAAGCUCCUUGCACUCACCAUGAGAUUUUAAUGAUUCAAAGACAAUUUUUGGAGAGUGAAAUUUUCCAUGAACCAAUAUUUACAGAUUUGUCUAUUAACUUGACUAUUCUGCGAAAUGAGACAUUUGAUUUGACUGGAAUCAAGGUUUCUGAGUAUGGUUUAGAUAGUUCUUUUAUAGAAAAAGCAAAUGAUCAAGAGUCCUAUUCUAGAACAAAUACUGAAAUUCAUGGAGUAGAAGGGAAUAAUGAACCUAUGGCAGUCCAACACCAAGAAGAUGCAGAAGCACAAGCUACUACUGAGAUACCUGUUCUAUCUGAGGGUCAUCAGUCUGAGGUUAACUUGGGAUCUCAUGAUAUUGAUGGUAUUGGACAUACAAAUGAUAUUUCUCAUAUGAAGGAGCUUGACAGUUCUCAAAAUGUUGAAAUGAAUAAUGCUGGCGCAAACAUUGAGGUUUCUGAAGCAGAGAAUUGCUCUGUUGUCCCUGGCCUUGAAUCUUCAUCCUUAACUGAAGUCUUUGAAAAUGACCUUUGUAUGCCAAAUGAUUUUGCUGCUUCACUGCCUCUCAUGGCUAAAACCAGUGAUCUUGAUGGUUCUGUCCAUACAGAUAUAUUGACCAUUCCAAAUGCUCAAAAUUUGAAUACAUUCCCUAUUCAAGAGGAUGAGUCUGUGGAGGAUCAAAGAGAUAGAAAUGGAGUAGGUGCCAAUGAGCACAGCAUGGAAACAAGAACACAAGUUCAGACAGAGGUUUUGGAAGCCAAUGAAUUAUAUGCAUCCUUGGCUACUGGCUCUAAAGAAACUGAUGAAUUUACUGAUAUUCAGGCUUCCUUUAAUGGUGAGCUACCUAUGGAUGAAAAUGGAAACAGCAUGCUAGGGGGCUUAAGUGAGAAACAAAUGGUUGGUUCUGGCAUGGAGUGUGAUGAUAAGGACAUAGCAGGGUCUGGCUGCAUGUUUGACGAAAAUACUAAAGUAGAUUGUUUACAGUCCGAAGCACUUGAUUUGGAUGAAAAAGAGAAUUCUUUGAAUAAUGAAGAAAAUCCAGUCAGUCAGGAAGCUGGAAUGCAAAGUACAAUAUGCCCUGAAAUGUCAGCUACUAUGAGUCCUUUGGUAGAUCAGAAUGAUGAAAAUGACACAAUUGCUAAUGACACAGAGUUUUUGAAUUUUGGUGAUGAUGAGAUAAUUGAUGAUGAUGAUGAUUUUGUACCAUGUGCUGAAGGAAGUCAACUUGAAAAUAGCGGAUGGUCUUCCCGGACCAGGGCUGUGGCCAAGUAUCUGCAGACUAUGUUUGAUAAGGAAGAUCUACGUGGAAAGCAGAACCUGCAUCUUGACAAUAUAUUAGCUGGUAAAACACGGAAGGAAGCAUCACGGAUGUUUUUUGAAACACUGGUUCUCAAGACAAGGGAUUAUAUCCAUGUAGAACAGACAAAACCCUUUGCCAAUAUUAACAUAAAACCUCGAAUGAAGCUUAUGAAGUCAGAUUUCUGAAACCUCAUGUAGGAGUGGCAGAUAUAGUUGUAAAGAUCCAUCCGCUGAUAGUUUGGCUGGAAUCUGCAGGGUUGGGAUAAUCUUCUCAACAUUUCUCCCCGAUUUUAGCUAAGGGUUUUCAUUUAUAAUUUUUUGGAGAUAGGAUUUAGCUGUUUAGUUUUAGUUCUUCAAGGGCUGGGGGGUUGUAGUGGCACGUGUAUCAUCCUAUUGAUUAUUCUGGGGUCUUAAUGUAUAUAUUUUUGUAAUAUAUCACUAUUUGUAACUUACAGGCGCUAAUUUGUAUGUUGUUUAAACGCAUCUCUCCAAGCCAGAAUGAUAUUUUACUUUCUCUAGGCAUCAGAAAGCGCCUUGUAACUUAAUUGUCGGUGAACAAGGAUCAUCAAUUCUGUACUUCUGUUUGUAUAGUAUCUAACUGUAUUUAUUUAUCCUUUUUAAGAGUCUGUAGCUCUGUGCCUAGUCCACUUUUAAGGUCUAGUCGUGUGUUGCCCAUUAAUGGUCAAGGUGCUUUGGUGCCAUUUUCUUUCAGUUGGAAAUUUCGGUAUGCAGAAAAAAUGAUGAAAAUAAUUCAGUACAAGGGCUUCAUGCCCGAUAAGAUUUGUUUUUGG